AUGGAAUCCGAAACCGACGACAACUGCUACGAACGGAAGGACAUUCCGGUGGACCGGGUUGGUGGGGAUUUCUAUCAUAGUCGCGAUGUCACGACACGCCAGCUCAACCGGCACAUGGUUCACUGCAUGCCGGACCUUUCUCCGGCCGGUGGCCCUCGUCCGAUUUCACUGCCCGCAAAGCUCUCCGGUACCACCGAUGGCGCCGAGAACGACACUGCGAACGGGCUCGAUGGUGGUUCCCUGAUUCGCCGCUAUGCCGAAGUGACCAAGUUUAAGCCGGAAAGUCCGCAAAGUGGAAGCACCCGGUCGUCGAUUGCCGUUGCGAAGCGACGGCUGAGCGCUCUGCACGCCAGCGUCCAGCAGCAACAUCAGCACCACGAGGCGGAAAUCUUGGACGAUGAUCUGGCGCCACUACUGCCGAGCAAUCGGGAGCUCUCUCAGGAGGAACUCUAUGAGUCCCACACAUCGCUCGUCUCCAGUUCGGAGGGUGGUAUUUUGGCCGAGGGUGAAGACACCUCCAGCGAUGAGUCGGAGCCAACGGACACUUCAGCCAGUGCUUCCGCAUGCGUGCUGAGUCUCGUUGAGCGUCUGCUUCGGACGCACCCCGUCUGGUUUUUGCCUGGCAUUCAGCGUUCCGGAGCGAUUCACUUGCUGCAAGGAAAGGAAGAAGGUAACUUUAUCGUGCGCGGUUCUAGUCAGUCGAAAACGAUGGCCGUGUCGGUGCGGCUACCGGCAGCCGUCGGUCCGUACAUUGAGCACUAUUUGAUACAGUCCAACAACAGUCUUCUGAGUCUCGAGAGUUCUCGGUUCAAGUUCGAUUCGAUCCCGGCCCUGAUCGCUCACUACACGCAGUGCUGCGACGAGCUGCCCGUCCAGCUGUGUCUGCCGGCCGCACUGCGGGAAGCGAAAAACCGGCAACAACUAUCGUCGUUGGCACUUCUGGGGCAAGAGUUUUGGCGCUAUCCGAUGGCCAGCUGUUCGCCAAAACCGAAACUCGGUCCACCGCUCGUACCUCCGCUGUCCGCCACCUCUAGUCACAUGAACACACCGUCCGAAGCGACGCACUCGAGCGGUAUUGGCGUAUCCGUACUUAACCACACUCCAACCACCGUCGGAGGAAGUUUCGGCAAUUCGGCGGUGGGCGCAAUGGCUCCCGGAGUAGGGCUGGCAUCCGUCGGGACGGUUUUUGGUGAAACUCCGACCGACACUUUCUCAACGAUGAGCGGCUUUACCGUGAGCAACAAUGGGCACACGCUGCUCAGUCCCGAAUCUAUCGACAGUGCGAUCAUGAUGUCACCAAUGGAUCCGACGCACCACCACCAGCAGCACCACCACCAGCAGCAGCAGCAGCAUCAGCAGACGGGAAUCGUCGGUAAGACGAGUACUUUCAAGGCACGAAAACAGAUCCUUUCACCAGCGACACCGCAUGAGGUGGAGAAGCAAAUCGAACUGUUCAACGCCAACAUUCUGGGCCAACACAGCGUGGGAAGCGCAGAGCUGGGGAACGGGGACGACCAACACGGGACGGCGAUUUUCACAUCCACGCUGGAGGUCAAAAACUUAAGCACUCUGGAGCGGAAACCGAGGGCCCCUAGACCGACACCUCCAAACACACUCAACAUCAAACCGAUACGGAGUCCUCCGGCACCACCAGCACGCCGUAUGAAGGUUCCACUACCGGAAAGCAGUCCAACGGUUGAAGGAGCAGAUAUGUUUACGCCCAAAAAUGGUUCGUUUGCUUCUCCGGUCUCGUUCACCAGGCCGGACGCCACGUUCCAGCGGAAGGAUGUCACUCCUGUCACCAGCAAUCCGAUCGUGAUGACACCGACCGUUGCGACUACCAUUUGGUACACCGAUAGCGAGAACCUUGGCGAGCAAGCAGCGCCAGUGGCACAGCCACAGACCGCGGACCAGUUUGGUGGGAUGCCGAUCGAUUCACCAUGCUUUGCCAUUCCAGCGAGCACUCGAGUGAGCCGUCGAAAUAAGCGCAAAGAAUCGAAGCACUAUCAGGAAUCGGACAUCCUGGAGUCACCGUCCGUGUAUUGUCGCAGUGCGCUCGGGGACAAAAUCAGCGAUUACGAGGACAUUUGGUCGCAGGACGCCAUGAAGAGUGAUCGACGAUCGUUUCUUGCCACCAGACACGGGAUGUUCGCUUCGGAUGGGUUCCCUGACUCGACACUCAAAGGUCUCGUCUCACCGUCGAUCGAAUCCAUGCAUCGGAAGCUGGCGUCCCACAAACCCGUAACGCACGGUGUCUCCACGUUCUCGGUGGACAAUCUUGCAUUUGGCCAGGCGCCGGACUCGGCAAGUGAUCGGGGCAGCACUCCGACAGAGAAACCACGGCCAACGAUGAUACUGAAAACGUUUUCUCCCGUGCCAAAGGAAGACAUCACCCCCCAGCAGUUCGAAGUUCGUCAGCGAUCGUGUUUGAACAUUUCCCACACGGCAAACGUUGGCACUCCGGUGGCAUCGGAUGAGACAGUGCACCAGGGUGUGGUAAUUGGUGGUCAGGUGAACCACCACCAGAACAGUCCGUUUUACGCCGACCCGGCCGAUAUUAUGGCCAGCAUCGUAAGACGCAGCCCGUUGAACCGGCUCGCAUCGUCGAACAGCAGUCAAAGGCAUUCCGAACCGCCGAAGCAGCUGUUGCUGCUGGGCCACGAAGACUUACUUGCCACUUCCUGCUCAUCUGCCCCACAUCCGUGGGGCAAUGGAAAUGGAUAUCAUGUGAAUAACAACUUUGCCGCCUCACUGGAUGAGCUGGCGCUGGAGAAGAAUGAGACCAUGUUGGUGGGCGUCCGGUUGAACGAACUCAGCAUCCGCAGCAAUAGUGGCGGACCUCCGCUUCCGACGAAUGACUACGAUUCCGACAUCCGGUGGAAAGCUCCUGCAGCCGUUGAUCGCUCGACGGUGAAAGGUGGUGAUCGAACCGAACAGCAGUCGAGUAAACAAAUGCAGCGAAGCAACGACAGCUUAAUCACACGGCCAAUCACGACGAUACAUCAGAUCAUUGCGAAGAAAUUGCCGCAUCUUAAUUUGUCCGAACGACUGCUGGACGGGAUGCUGCUGAGCGUGGAGCUGGCAGAAUCCGGCUUGGGAACGCUGGGAAACAGAUCACAACGCAAAUCGGCGUACGAUAAUGUCGAGAAGCAAGUAAAUGCAUAUGCUUCGUCAGCCAUUAACAGCUCUCAUUCGGACGACGGGACCGUUUUCUCUGAGCCCUGGGACAGCUCGCAGUGGGAUUCAUUUUUGCCCAACGAACAAGUGUCCACGAACAUGCCGCCGCCGGGUGUGGAUAAGUCAGCGAACGCUAGCUGCGAUAGCGGUGCGAAGGAUAGUCGUUACCGGAAAGACGCUCAACAACAGCCACAGCAAAAGGUGGCAACAAUACUGCGUUCCCGAAGUUGCCGUGAUCGAGAAAUAUUGUGUCACCCACGGAAUCGAAAUUCUCACAGCGGACCGGGCGAAUCGAUUGCGACGUACGCGUUCUAUUUGGCGGGCAAGCUGGACUCGACUUUCUCGCGCAACAUUAGCAACUUUAUUGCGUGCACCAAGGAAUCGAAGGCCGCUCCGCACCCGCAGGUGGUCAUGCGCAACAUGCGCCAGUUCAUGUCCGGCAUGAAGAACUACCUCGUGAAGCACGGCGAGGGUGAGUUUGCGGCCGAGGUGCAGAAGGCACGGGCCCAGCUGAACGCGGACGAGUUCCUCAACCUGGACUCGAUCCUCGAGGAGGUGAUGCACAAGCUGGUCAUUUUGCCGCUGCGUGAACACCUGUACGGUUUGUUCGUGGAUUACUACAGCAACUCCGGUGACAUACAGCUGAUAGUGGAGAAAGUUCGUUCAACCGCCGGCCGCUCUCCGGCCGCUUUCGGUAUUAAGGGAAACGUUAUUCCACCGAGCGCGAACGCGAUGAGACAGAUUGCGACACUUUUCGUGCGCCUGCAGGAAGCGGAACUGCCGUUGGUGAAGCUCGAUUUGCUGCUCGCGGCCGUGUCGGCCAUUUUCGAGGCAACUACCUGCUGCAAUGGGCAGCAGAUGAGCGCGGACGAUUUCCUGCCGCUGCUAGUGAUGGUCGUUGCGCACUGUGGCUUCGUUGGGGCCGAAAUCGAAGCGGAGUACAUGUGGGGCCUGUUGCAACCAUCGUUGUUGAGCGGUGAAGCUGGCUACUAUCUGACGGCCCUCUGCAGUGCGGUACACGUGCUCAAGAACUUCAAGCUGAACGAGCAGGAAGGCUCGGCAACGCUGGAUUGGGAAUCUUCCACCAUGCCCAACUGUUCGUCCGUACUGCGCGUGAUCAUUCCGGACGAGUAUAACGGCUCGAUCCAAACCCGCACGCUUCCCAUACGACCUCACACAACGACGAAGGAAGUCUGUCGAAUAAUCGCCCACAAGGCGCGAAUCACGAACGCCCAGGACUACGGGCUGUUUAAGCUGAUUGACGGUGAAGAAACACUUCUACAUGACUCCGAGUGCCCGCAGGAUGUCCGGAUGACGGCGAAGGGGAAGCACUUUAUGAUUGCAUACAAACGGAUCGACGCCAAAAUAGCGUGGCCUACCGUGAAGCCAAAUACGGCUGCCACGGCAACCAGCUCGGUUGCUGUGGGCAAUAAUGCUGCAAACGUCACCUCCAAUACCACUAUUACUACCACUGCUACUAAUAACGCUAUUGCUACCACUACUAUUACGGCGAGUGAUAAUCAACUAAAAGUAUAAACUUAACAUACACAAGAAAGUGAAUUAAGCUUCCAGCAUACGUUAAGAAACAAAGUCUGAUAUACUCCUUUUUCUCGUAAGAUUUUGUCGUCGUAACGUUUUCGGCCCUCUCGUUUUCCUUCACGCUCAUAUAGUAUCCUCUUCUCUUCGAUUAGUUUGAUCAUGAACUGCAUAUAACGUAUUUAAUCAUAUACAAUCGAGCAUAUACAUACAAUCGAUACACCCACUCACACUCAACGACGGUUGCCCUUCCGUAGGGGGUACCACACCACGUGUAUAGAGAACAGUAUCAUUCUUCUGCAGAUCUGUUCUUGAUGCGUUUAGAUUUUAAUUACUACACAGAACCUUCGAAGUAGGCCGAAGAAAUAACGAGAAAGCGAGAGAGAUAGCGAGAGAAAAAGAGAGAGAGAGAGAGAGAGAGAGUGAAAACGGGACCGGAAAGUAAUUUAAUGUACCAAUCAGCCAACUGCUUUUACGACUUAGACAUUUUAGACCCUGCAGAACGCGGAACACGGCCACACGGGGCGGCUCAACGCUAAACGAAUGUCAUUCUGUGAUGAAGCAAACAAAACAAAAACAAGAGACACGAAAACACACACGAGAUGUUGCCCGCCCGCAAACGCGCGAGCCUCGGCCUAUAGCCUCGUCUUACUAUUUCUGUUUGUCCUGUUCAGUGACCGUUAAGUCUUGGUGUGCUCCCUUUGUACCACGCAACGCGGCAGUACGCUGUGUUGUGUGCGUUUUUAUUGUGAAAUUGAAAGCAUCGCUCGUUUAUUAACCCCACCCGGGCGUCAUAAAAUGACGCCUGUUGCUUGCCUCUUACGAGUUGCGUUUUUAUGUUUGGUUUCUGUGCGAAACAGAGGAUAUAGUUAAGUUGCCACACCGGUACACGAGAGUACCUCACCACGGGGCCGAAGCUGGAAGCUGCUGCCUUGCCGUGCCGAGUGAAGUGAUAAAAAAAAACAAGAGGAAAAAGAACGAAACAAAUCUUGCCAAAUCUCUGAGCAAAUCCGCAGCCAACCGAGAUCCGGGAGCUUCCAUUAAAGAAAUGCCUAGUCAAGCUGUUUUUCUUUGCGUUUAUGCCUUACGUUGAGUUCAAACUUUUAACAGACGGCUCUAGCACGGACAGGGCUCGAACUUUGCUACGUUCAUCAUUUCGCUCACUGACCGUCCCGGAGAAAUACGUAAAGAAACGAUCAUGACGGUGUACCACUUUCAAUUCAAACUAAUGUUACUAAUGUAAAGCAAUCAUUAAUUAUUAACUAGAGCGCCAGGGCGCCCCACGUGGCGACGGCGGCUUUCCUCUUCUUCCAUCAGUCGCGGCGCGCGCGUCCUGUUUGAUUGUGACAAAUUUUCCUUCUUGUGUGUGUGUGUGUGCGUGUGUUUGUGUGCGUUUUAUACAAAAAAAAAUCCAACAAACUAUAUAUUCAUUGCUGAGACAUUACCAAAACUCUACUAAUCUUAUUUGGUCGUCCUUACUUUGAGGAAUUGAUUGCUACGCCAAUCUGCUAUUGUGCUCAUAAAGCCCGUGAAAAAAGAACAUUCAACUAAUUCAGAAACCACCAAACUCAACCAGCAAACCCCCUUGAAAUGCUCCAUCGAAACUACUAUUUGCUCAGACACACACGGCGGCGUGUGGUGAAACUCAACCCCUAGAAACUGUAACACAGUAACAGUUGCCAGUUGCUCAAUUUGGAAUCGGAAUCGUGUGUUGUGUGGAGGGCCUCAGGAAUGUGUUAAACUAUUUUUGAUAGCAAUCUUUUCCAUGCGCCGGACGCGGAACCGUACCGGGACGCGUAGGAAGGUAGCGAAAGAAGGCCGCGAUUGUGUGAAGGUGAACCAAUUUGGCCAACGUGAACCACAGUAUUAAUAACGAACCGAACGGUGUGAAACGGGCACCCUCGCUCGCUCCACACCCCUUCACAGCUCACAUCCCGACCCGACCCAACCCGAGUAGUAUCGGCCCCUCGACUCCACAGGGCAAUGCGCCACCGGACUGGCCGCAGUGCAUCUGGUGCGAGUAGAGGGAAAUACCUGCAGUAAUAAAAGGAAAACACGAAAUAUCUUGCCAAAUAGGAAGUAGGAAGUUUUUUGGAAACAUCUAUUUUUACAACAAGCAUAUUUAUUGAAGCUAACGAUACGAAAUAAAUAAAUCUCUCUCUAUUAUACACAUACAAAACGUUUCCCGCUGGGGAGAGCCACGGCACAGGGACGUUUGUUAGAUGACAUAUAAUUUUUGAAUACUUUAUUUGUUCCAUUUCAUAGUUGUUAGACUUGUUCUUGUAAAGAUACAAUACAUUAUACAUUAUAGGGCUUCGUUUCGUUAUUCCUUUUUUGAUAUAUAAUAUAUAUUUAUAUAUAUCAUAUGCUCGGCGUUGACCACAACCAUAAUUUUACAUCAGUUUUUUUUUAAAUACUGCUUCGUUAUUUUUUAAACCAAUGCCAAAAAACACAAUCAAACUCUCCUUUUUGUCCUUGUUUUUUUUCAAU